GCGCAGCUCGUGUCCGGCGCUAAUUGGAGUGCACCGCCGAUGUAGAUUAUAAAAUGUAAAUGCUUGAAGCUUUUAUUGCGUUUUAGCUGAAGUUCUCCUUUUGUGUUCCUAAAGUGGAGAAAAGAUGAAGAGGAUUUGGAAGACCUCGUCUCAUCUCUGAGUAUUUCACCUUUUUUCUUUUCUUCAUGAAGAUGAGAAGUCAACAUCGCCUACUUGGAACAAGUUCAUCUGUCCGUAAGGCUGAUGGGACAUCGGCUGUGUUGUUAUUUUUCUGAUUUGUCCUCCUUUUCAGCGGAUCGGAUUCUGCUGCGUCACUUGUUUUUCUUUUUUUUCUUCUUCUUCUUCUGUCAGAUUUUGGUUUUAACUCAGAAGUGGAGCGACCCAUAAAAAAAACGUCGUGUAACUUAUUUCGUUUAGUGUCACCCCCCCUCCCCCCUUUUUUUCUUGUUCCUUUUUUUUAAAAAUAGUUUUUCCAGAUUUUUCCGAAUGUGUUUACGGCCUUGAUCCGGAGGAUUACAGCAGAAUAUUGUUGGUGGCUUACAUGAGCGGAGAAACCGGCUCUGUGUAUUUCUGAGGGAUUCAUCAGAGGCUUAUAUAAGGAGAGCCGUCAUGUAUGCAGGACGCAAGAGGAGAAAACCAGUCCAGAGGGCGGUAAAGCAGCCACCAGCUGAAGGGGCCAAGUCCAACCCAUCCAAACGGCAUCGAGACAGGUUGAACGGGGAGCUGGAGCGACUGGCCAGCCUGCUGCCUUUCCCCGAGGAGGUCACCGCCACUCUGGACAAACUCUCCAUCCUCCGCCUGAGCGUCAGCUACCUGCGGGCCAAGAAUUUCUUCUCUGUCACCCUGAACAGUCAGAACGGAGUAACUCCAGCCGGUGUGAAUGAUGAUGACCGCAAAACACCAAGAGUGGUGGACACCAAGAUUCCUGAAGGUGAUCUUUUGUUGCAGGCUCUCAAUGGUUUUGUCUUGGUUAUCACUGCCAGCGGGACCAUCUUCUACUCCUCUCACACCAUCCAGGACUACCUGGGCUUCCACCAGACGGAUGUCAUGCACCAGAGUGUGUAUGAACUGGUCCAUACGGAGGACCAGCAGGAGCUCAGGAGAAACUUGCACUGGGCUUUGAAUCCUCCUCCUGCCACUGCAUCUGCCAUUACCCAGGACUCACCCCAAGAGAUGGAACCGGACAGCAGCUCGUCUUUGGUCAGUUACAACCCUGAGCAGCUUCCCCCAGAGAACUCAUCCUUCCUGGAAAGGAACUUUGUUUGUCGCUUUCGCUGCCUCCUGGACAACUCCUCUGGUUUUAUGGCUUUGAACAUACAGGGAAGACUGAAAUUUCUGCAUGGACAGAACCAACGGCAGGAAAAUGGAGGAAAGGUCCCGCCUCAGCUUGCCCUUUUUGCCAUUGCAACUCCUCUGCAGCCUCCAUCCAUCCUGGAAAUCAGGACCAAGAACAUGAUCUUCAGAACCAAACACAAGCUGGACUUCACACCCUUGGCCUGUGAUGCAAAGGGGAAGAUAGUGCUGGGAUACACAGAGGCUGAACUGCGGGUACGAGGAUCUGGCUAUCAGUUCAUCCAUGCGGCAGAUAUGUUGUACUGUGCAGAAAACCAUGUCAGAAUGAUGAAGACUGGAGAGAGUGGUCUGACUGUAUUCAGGCUGCUCACCAAGGAGAAUCGCUGGAAAUGGGUCCAAGCCAAUGCUAGGCUGGUGUACAAGAACGGCAAACCAGACUACAUCAUUGCCACCCAGAGGCCCCUUUUGGAUGAGGAGGGAGGAGAACACUUGCGUAAGCGCUCAAUGCAUCUACCCUUUACCUAUGCUACGGGAGAGGCCCUUCUCUACCAGUCCAACCAUCCCAUAGCAGGUUUCAGAGAUGAAAGCCACGAGAAAAAUGGCAGUAAGUCAAAGAAAAGCCGAACUGACAGGCUGGUGAGGGAUGGCCUGGACCCUGGCUCUCUUUUAGGGGCCCUUAUGAGUCAGGACGAGUCAGUGUAUGUUUGCCAGCCUGCCCCGGAGCCCAAAAUGUCCUUCCAUAGCAGCUUCUUUGGAGAUCAUAUGGGCUUCUCCGACUCUGAACCCUCCAGCUUGCACCGAAGCUGGGAUGAGCCAAGAAACGGUCUGCUGGGUCUGGGAAUCACACAGGCACAGACAAGCACCAGCUUUGACCCACUGCUAGCUACUCUGGACUCCCUCUCACUGGAAGGCCAAGGAGUUACGGAUUCAGAAGAGGGUGGUUGUUCAAACGGCGAGCUGUUUGGAGCCCUUGAAGGGCUAGGCCUGAGCGCUGAGGAUCUAGAACUGCUGCUGCUGGAUGAGCGGAUGAUCAGAGUUGAGAUGGACCCUGAACGUGUUCCCACCUUGGAAGAUCUGUUGACCAAUGAUGAGAUCCUUUCUUAUAUCUAUGAUUCCAUAGAGGGAAAGGCUGAUUCCACAGAGCAUGGAGGACAGGUGCCUCCCAGUACUUCCUCAGCAGCAGCCACAACAGUGUCACUUGCUGAAAGUAAUCCCACCUCUGACACUAAUGUGCAGAUGCAUUUUCCUCACCACAAGCGUCCCCUGGUGGAGCAGGCUCCCAUUGUCCAGCUCUCCCAGCAGAUGCAACAGCACCUCAACAUGCGAACCAGUAAAGUGGCUCGUGAAUGGAGCCAACAAAGUGACCAUUUGGCUAGCACGAUAGUUAAUGGAGACCUGCUAGGUCAAAGUCAAACUGUCACCAAUGGACAAUGGACAGCCCAAGACAUUCUAGCCAGUGCAGGGAUACAUCUGGAACACUUUAACACACAACAGACUAUUUUCAAUGGCAAGGCCUCAGAACUAGAUGGCAAACUUCAUCAUCAGCAACACUACCUUCAGCAGCAGCAGCAACCCAGGAUGGAGAACCAUCUGUCACAGCAGUGCCAUGCCAAACAAAAGGCAGCCAACCUCAAUGGAGUGUGUGGCUUCUCCAGCAGUGAGCAUUCACCAGGAAAAUCUCAGUGGCAGGACUAUGGCUUCAGCGAGAGUCUCGACAGCAACUCCUGUCUUGAGAAUAGCCAAAAACCUCUGACAGACACCUCACUAGAUUCUUGCAUGGAUUAUAGCAUGCCUGAUAUUGACAAUGCAGAUUACACUAUUACUGGAAGUGUGUUUGGAAGGAGUGGACAACAGCAUGGGGCAGAAUCCACAGUUUCAUCAUUCCAGGGGAUGAACCAUAAACAGCAGCAGGAACAGAUCCCAGUUCCUUUGGCUCAGGUCAUCUCCAGCUUGUCACAGUGCCCUCCACCUAACACCUCCCUAGAGCAGAUCCUGGGAGUGGGCAAGCCCUGUCGGCAGUUGGACUAUGGCAUGGUGACCUCUGAGAUCCCUCAUGACCCCAGUCCUAAUAAGAUGGAGAAUGGCUGCAUCCUGAACAGUGCUUACCCUGGUGCCUGUGCCCUUCCCAGUAGGAAUGGAGCUGCGCCCCCUACUGUCCAGAUGCCCGGCCCUGAGACUUUGUCCAGCCUCCCUGACCCACCAGCCACCAGCUUCUACCUCUGACCAAAUGACCAAUAAAAGUCAUUCAGCAGGACACACACAAUGACUGACCAGCCUUAUACAUCAAGAUAACACCACAAAGCUGAACAAACGUAGGCCUAUGUGUUUUGUUUUGUUUUUUUUUCAAAUUUGUAAUAUUUCUUUAUUGGUUUCGGUGGGGGGGGGGGGAUCAUUGUGUUGUAUUUCAGGUCACAUUAUCAUAUGAGUCCUUUGUUUACAAUAAUGCAGUGAAGAGCGCUCAGUUGGGUUUAAGUAAUACAGGGAGGUAAAUUUGAAUUUUUAAAGCUGACUUUUACAAAUCUGCAUUCAGAUACAAUACGACAUUAGAUUCUGAAGCAACAAAACAAUGGAUGUUCUAUACAUAUAGGUUAGGAAAAGACCAAUUAUUUAAAAUCUUAACACAUUUCAUGUAGGAUUUUGUUAUAUUGUGUGUGCUAGAUAACACAAGGAAGAGAAGAUGUCCUAAAACCUUUUGGAUAUACUGGGUGAUAUUGGCUGUUACUGUUGAAUAACAGAUGAAAGCUUCACCAGUCAAGGCUCAGUAUGAGCCAUAAUGGAUUACUUGAUCAACAGAAAAUUGUUUAAUAAUUUGGAUAAUUUUUUAAAGAAAAACAUUAGUGUGUUCCAGCUUCUUAAAUAUCAGAAUUUGCUGCUUUUCUUUCACUUAUAUGGAAGUAAAACAUGGACAAAAUAAGACAUCUGAUGACAUCUCACUUGGCCAUGGGAAACUGUAACCAGCGUAUUUCAUCACUGUCUGACAUUUUAUUUAAGAAACAAUCAAUCAAGAAAGUAACCAUUUACUGAAAAUGGUUGUUGUUUGCAACCCUAAAUUGUAAAAGUGAAAACUGGCAAAUAGAUGCAGAUGAGCCAAGGAUUGUUGUACGUUUCGUUUCCGCUUCAUGAAUGUACAGACACAGGAGCAGGAAGGAGAGGAAUGGAAAUAUCGGCAUCUGACCAAGCAUCGAAUGCAGUUCUUUAUUUAUAAUUUGGUUUUAAGGGCAUCUGAUUCACUUUGUAUCUGAAUGCACCAUAAAACACACACAAACAGAGCAACCCGUGUGAUGACAGGUUUUUUGUUACUUGCAGUUGACAAGACAUCAGCGCCACUUAUAGUUUUGCGUCAUGCUACAAGAAUGUAAUAUUUCACUUAUUUCUUUGUUGAACGGUUUGACUUGUCAACAAUGAGAUUAAUCCAUAUAUGUUUGGAAAAAAGUAUAGAAUAUGAAAUUUAUGGCUAGAAAUAUCCUGCACUUUAUUUCAAGCACCCACUUAAUGCAGAUCUGCAGUCAGGGAUUCUGGGUUGUUAAAACCAACAGGCCCUGUCUUUUUGUUUAUCUUUGAGGCUGCUGAUGCAAAAUGGACCAGUUUGCAUUUUUAUUCAUAUUUUGAGGUACAUUUCAGGCAAUGGGUUAAUGUCCUCUCAAGCACAAACACUUGUGUACAGUUGUUUGAAGUCAUUUUUAUCUUCUUCCACUUGAAUUGUUUUUUUUUUUGUUGUUGUUGUUGUUGUUUUGAAAAAUUUGGACCUCUGGAUGCGUGUUCUUUCUUUUAUUUUGUUGAAAGUUUAACUGACUUGAUUAGACGAGUCAAUAGGUCAGUUUUAAUUUCCUGUAUUUAUUCAUGUCCUACAGCAAGUAAGCAUUCUUGAUUGUUUCAAUGUGUAAGGCAUUCUCUUGUAGAAACGAACGAAAAUGUGAUGCUUUGUCAUCCUCUGAGCAGUGGUUGCACUCGCUCUCCCAAGGGAAUCAGUGAAAUCAUUCUGCAGUGAAUCAGCAUUCAGCUCCAUUACAGUACGGUCACAGCCAAGUUUUUAAAGGAAAAGUCUGACAUCUUGGGAAAUUUGCUGUGUCACUCGAAGUUGGAAUAAGUGACGAUUGACGAUUAAACACAUGCUGGAUACACAAAGUUAGAAAACAGAAAUAUUUCUCCAAAAUGUGAGAUCUUUCCUUGUAAAUGGUAGGAAACUUGAUCAUGUAUCAGGUCAGUAAUUUUAGGUCUACAUGAUCUUGGAGCAGUUACAGAAUGGCAAACAGUGAAAAACCAAAUGUGAGCAACAUAACGAGAUCUCUACUGGAAGGAUGCAGUUCUGAAUGUUUCUUGUACAUAGAAAAAUGACUGGAAAAUGAUGCAGAGUAGAAUUAUUUCAUCAAAAAGAGAUGCUGAAAAGAGAUUUCAAUUUAAUUGUUCAAAUAAUGUCAUAACUAUUGGUAUUAAUAUUAUUGUUAUAUGUUUUAUGUUGAAAUGUGAUACACAUGUGGUUACAUGUCUUUUGAACUGACUUGUUUCUUUCCCUUUCUUUUUACUACAGCAGACAUGUUUGCUAUAUUUAAAAACGAUUGAUGUGACUUAUUAACAAUGUGAAAAAAAUAUGUGUAUAUAAAGGCAAACAGGCUUUGACAAAUACAGGUGUGUACAUAGUUUUACGUCAAGUCACUCAUUUUAAGCACUAUUUUUAAAACAUAAGCUUAUCAGACUCCUUUGUUGAUUCAUUUUUUAAAAAAACUGUAAAUAGUAUUCGCAUCACAAAACACUGGACUCUAUGACAGCCUGAAAAUGGUGCCAUACUACUGAGAAAUAGGCUAUAAUGUUGGAGAGUUUAAUUUUGUCUUCUGUUUAGCCACAGUAACUUUAACAUGCUAACAGGACGAGGUGUAGAUGUUGCAGAUUUGACCUGUGUCCUCUGACUGCUUGUUUCAAAUGUAUUAUUUUUCUUCCUUUAAAAUAAAGGAUUUCUUCAAUCACAGUGAAAAACACAAACAUCUUGCAAGCAUAUAAAUCUGACCACUCAUGUGAUUCUCUCUCUCUCUCUCUCUCUGAGCAGUUUUGUACUCACUUGGACAGCAGGGGUUUCCAGCGUUUGUCAGUGACUCCUUACUGUUGACCCCUGACAUGUAAAGGUGCUAUGUGUAGCAUUUUAAUGUCAAUAAAUCAUU